GUCCCCCAUUCUUGCAAGACCAUGGACUGCCAAGAGUUGGAAAUUGAGAACGCCAUACUGUCUUUCACUGACGGAGGGCACUACAAUGGCGCCCAGUGUAACGUUACCUGCCAAACAGGUUAUGUCCUCCAGGCUCACAGAACCAAUGAUCUGCCCCAAAGCCAGUGGGAGCCAAGCACCACCAUGACUUGCCUGGAUGGGGAAUGGAACAAGCAGGUAUCCUGUGAGCCCAUUGACUGCGGGAUUCCAGACCAGCACCAUGUCUACCCGGCUACUUUUAACUGCAGCGAAGGGACCACCUUUGGCAAGAAGUGCUCCUUUACCUGCAAGCCUCCUGCUCAGCUAAAAGGAAGCAAUAACCAUUUGACAUGCUUGGAAGACGGGUUGUGGUCCUUCCCAGAGGCUCUCUGCGAGUUGAUGUGUCGGGCGCCUCCUUUGAUUCCCAAUGCUGACCUCCAAACUGGCCGCUGCCGGAUUCAGAAACAUAAAGUGGGCUCCUCCUGCAAGUAUAAGUGCAGACCGGGCUACUAUGUCCCUGGACCUUCACAGAAAACACGGAA